AUGCUUUCUACGACCAAAAUUAAAAUCAAACUUUUUAUUUUCUAUAUUUUUUUUAAUUUUAUUUCCACAGCAAAAGCACAAAAAAAUACUACUUCAAUAAUAGCUAAUUUUUUUUCCGACAUAAUACGAUUUCCACAAAUCGUAGUUAUUAAUGAUGAAAUAGAUUUUGUGUGUCCUAGUACUAAGGAUUAUAGUAAUUUGAAAGAAUACACAAGCUUGUUUUCUCAAGUAGGGACGUUCACCCCUAUUGCAGGCCUUCUUUUUAGUAUAUUUAUUUAUGGUGCAAAAUCUGUAUUUGGAAUUAUGACAACCUGCUUGAUUGAUGAUAUGGUUAUUAUUGCAGCUUCUUUUGGACCAAUCCUUUGGUGGUACACUUUUGCCAAACCAUUAUGGUUAUUUGGAAUAAUACAUGAAAUCCAAAAGGAUACAAAUUACAACUACGAAUUUAUUUAUUCAAUAGUUCUUGGUAUUUUACUCGGAAGUAUGGUAGUUAUUCUGAUUUUGGGAUCAAUUUUGAGGUUACAUUUUCACAAUCGCCGGAAUAAACUUAAUGAAGAUUCAUUAUGGUUCCAUAUGUCUCCAAAGAAUUAUCGUCUUACCAACAAAGAAUUCUUCGCUGUUUCAACAGCCUUCUUUGUUUGGGGAGAAUUCGAUGAACUUAAUUCAAAUAAUGGAUCAAAGGUUGUUGUGCUUGCAACAUAUCAUUUUCCUGAUUUGGAAAAAUAUAUAAUUUGUAUUGCUAGUGAAAAUAGACUUUACCAUGUUUUUACCGUUCUUCUCGCUAUUGUUUUGACCCGUUCAAUCACAUCAUUCUUUUCUGAUAGUGAAGUAGUUUUACGUAUUUAUAAUCAAUAUAAAGAUGAGAAGGUUUAUGCAGAAAUGGAAGCUAGAAAUAUUAAGGAAGUUCAAUAUUUUUAUACAUGGGAUAAAAGGCUGAAGAAAUCUAUAAGAUGCCGAUUUAGUUCCGCGGGUGAAUACUUUUAUAUUCAUGAAGAAGAAGAAAAAUUCGUUAAAAAAAAGGAAGAAAAUGUAGAAGAGGAAAAAGAAGAAAAAGAAGAAGAACUAGAAGGGGGAAAUCAUGGAUAUUACUACGUUACGAUUGGUGAUAAAUGGGUGUAUUUUUAUAAGCUUGAUUAUAAAUAUAAUAAAGAUCUCGAAAACGAUCUAGAAUUUUUUCCUAAAAUGAAAAGAUAUAUUUUCGGGAAAGGAGCCUUGGAAAGUGGUCCAAUCAUAGAAGAAAUUAAGAAAAUUAUUCAGAUAGGGAAAAAUACAUACUAUUAUAAAUAUGAAGAAUUCGGUAAAGUGAAAAAUAUAGAAUUUUUACUUUCCGAUGGAAAGGAAUUCCAGAAAAGAAAACCUGAAGAUAAUAUUACGGAAAAGAAUGGGACAAAGAUAGAAGUGAAAAGAAUGGAAGCAGAUGAUAAGGUUCUGUUCAACAUACUUGAAACCGGAUUUCUUAAUUAUUUUAUUUACUCUCAUCACAAAAAUUCUAGACAGAAACAAAAGGAAAAUGAAGACCAAGAGACAUAUGAACCUCUUGAAUUUGUAAUUACCGAGUGA